AUGCUAGUGGACCAUAUAUCAUCAGCACGUGUUGCUGUUAAAUCCUAUACCAUACUAGGAACAGGUAAUUCAAGUGUUCAGUUGAUUAUGAAUGGACACCUCCUGAUAUGCUUUCCUUUCAUAGAAGGCUCGAAAGGAAAUGUUGGCGAUGAAACAUUGAUUAUGAUGCUUAAACAGAUGGGAUGGGAUUGGAUGGAUCUAUUGUAUUCGAUGAGCAUCCAAACCUUCCGUUCUCUUUCUUCCUUCGGAGGUGCUAGAGAAGGUUUUGUCUGGUGCGUCUUCUUCAACCUCCUGACCCCAGCGCUCCACGAUUGGGGGUAG